GGAGGGGGAGUGAGAGAGCAGGAAAUGUGUAGGAGCAGAGACCAAGCAUAUAAACGAUUCCCUGCAAGAUAACUCACACACAGCAGUCAGCGAUGAAACCCAAGGGCUGAAGUCUGCAGGCAGAGAAAGCUUCAGAGGGGACAAAAAAAUAAGUGCCAGACUAACAUGCACAGCCAAAUGGAUUAUGGAGUCCAACCUGCGUCUCCUUAGACUCGCUGACUGUUCUACUGGGGAGAAGCUGCUGUGUGCAAGGAAUGAGACCUACUGUUUCUCACAAUCAACGACAAUUGGAGCCCUUCUGGGUGCACUGUAAGUCCAAAUGGCAACCCCUGGUACCAACCUUAGUUCUGUCUUCUCCAACAUCUCAGUCUGCGCUGUGUGCCUGUGGGCCACUGCCCGCACUUUCCAGGAGCACAGAGGGGCCGCUGCUGGUUUCUUCCUCCAAAGUCUGGCCUCAGCUUGUUUCCUAGCUCCUACACUGUUGCACUCAGAUGGCGAUUCCUUCCUCAGCUCAGGCACCUGGAGUGCCACCACCAUAGGCCUCCCCUUACUUGCCUUUGGCUUCUUUUGGAUAAAUGGUGAUCACUUCACCGCCAACAUGAUACUGAGUGUGGCUCUGCUCCUAUCUACCAGCUUUGACUACAUGACCCAGGAAGGCCGUACCUUUGCAGCCCACGCCAGCUACGUUGUAUCAUCUCUGGGUAUCCUGAUGGUUUCCAUCUUUACCGGGAAUGGCUAUGGUGUAUUUGGUAGCCUGGGACUGGGAACUGCUGGCCUCUUGUUUUCUCUGAAAGCUGAGAAGAUCCUGUUUCUCCCUCUAGAAGUGGCCAUGAAUGCUAUACGAGCUGCUUCCUUUCUUUCCUUUUCUGUUGCCCUAAGGAAUCACCAGUCUGACACUGAAUGAAUUGGUUUCUAAGAGCAAUGGAUGCAAUGGGACCAAUAACUUUUCCUUCUCAGGGAUUUUUGAGUUUUUUAAGCAAUGUAACUGCAGCUGGGGAAUAUUGGUGCAUCUGGCACACAUGGCUCACCGUUUAUUUCAGUGGGAUAAUGGGUGGCCCGCUCCAUCUGUACUUACACCUGUCUGGGAAGCCCCUAGGCAAGUGAAGUUAUGGGACCAAAAAUGGCUGGGAAUUACAGAGUUUUGGUAUUUGCUAUCACCCCAGGUACAAUUUCUAAAGUAUUAAGGGGACCAAUGGCAUGUCUGUGCAUAUAAUGCCUGUGGUCUGGCAGAACUGUCUUUCCAGGCUGCAUUGCUGGCUUCUAAUUGGCUGCCUUCAUGUUGACUGAGGCCUAUACACUCAAUUUGGCAUGCCGGCCAACCAUCCAAAUCAUAUGUAGUUAAGAAACAAAUAGGGAAUAGCCACAUACGGCUGCAGUUACUGAACAUUCCUGUGCCGGAACAUGCACCUAUUGUGAUCCAAUUUAUCUAAAAAUAAUUGGAUAUGCUGGUCAAGGUGGGACAUUACUAACCAUGGGGUAUGUUAUACUCUGGGGUAGUAACCAACAACAAUCAAUCAGAAAUUAGUUUUCAGUAAACUGAUUUGCAACCCACUGACCGCAAAACCUCCAUGUACCACCCUAGGUUGCCCCACACAUUCCUACACAACCUUAUUUCCUCGGCCAUAGAUAGGCUUUAUUAUUUUGGAAUUAAAGUUCCUGUUAUCCAACAAUUGGAUGAGCUUGGGGUGAGUCUCAGUGCUUUUUACUGAACAUGAUUGUCAGCCUACUUUGCUUGAAUGGAUGGAGAUGCCAGCUUCAUAAGGGCACCAUGGUGCUCUGAGCUUUCAGAUGUUUCAGCCCAAGCCUGCUCUCAUCUCAGAAAUUAAAUAAAGAAAGAAAAAAUGGA